AUGUCGACUGCCGAACUUGCCUCGUCGUACGCGGCGCUCAUCCUCGCCGAUGACGGUGUUGAGAUCACUGCCGACAAGCUACAGACCCUUAUCAAGGCUGCCAAGAUCGCUGAUGUCGAGCCCAUCUGGACGCAACUCUUCGCCAAGGCUCUCGAGGGCAAGGACGUAAAGGACCUGCUAUCGAACGUCGGCUCCGGUGGUGCCGCCGCUGCUGGUGGCCCUGCUGCUGCCGCCGGCGGUGCUGGUGCUGCUGCCGAGGAGACCAAGGAAGAGGAGAAGGAAGAGGAGAAGGAAGAGUCGGACGAGGACAUGGGCUUCGGUCUUUUCGAUUAA